GAUAAUUCAUCGACUAUUUCUUGUCUCGCUUUCCUAUGCACCGGUAAGGAAAAUGUCAAUUAAGCGCGUUAAGCUAUAAAGCAAGUAGUUAUUUCUAGAGUGUAUUUAGUCAUUAUCAUAUUUCGGGAGUUCGAAUACUUAAAUUUGUCCAUUUAUUUUUAAAGUAUACAUCUAUUUUAUACUGCAAACAGUAUCGCAUUAGUUUUAAAUAUGGUCCGCGAUAGAUCGCCAUCUGCCGCCGAUGUUGAAAAAGACAAUAAAGAAACUAAGGAAGGUGUGAAAGAUGCUUUAAGUAAAGUUACUUCGACAAGUGAGGUGAAGCCAUAUUCGUCUAAUUCGAGUCGUGGUAGAGAACGUGAACGUCGACGCAGAGGUUCAGUUUCAUCAAGCAGCGAUAGUAGUGCCAGCUCAUCUGAUAGCAGCACGUCUCGCAGCAGUUCAGACUCUGGUUCACGGUCAAGUUCUAGUAGUUCUUCGAGCAGUUCCUCCUCAUCUAGCAGUUCGUCAAGUGACUCGGAACGUAGUGAAAAAAUACGCCGCCGUGGUGGUGCAACUACUCGUAAAAGUUUAUCACGUUCUCCAAGGCGCGCUUCGAAAUCUCCUCGUAAUAAAGUAUCAAAAGAACGUGAUCGCAAUAAUCGCGCACGUAGUCACAGUCGUUCUAGAUCACGCGAUCGUUUGCGACGGGCUUCUAAUGAUCGCGGUGGUGGCGUUAUACGCACACGGUCUCAAAGCAAAGAGCGUGCGACAGGAGAUGGCAAUAAACGCCGUUCUCGAUCUCGCUCUCCUGCAUCCCGUUCACCAAGAAGGCGUAAUCGCAGCUCGGGUGAACGUAGUCCUCAAGCAAAACGUCGCGAACGUUCACCUACUCCAAAACCUGUACGUAUACAUGUUGGUCGAUUGAGUCGGAAUGUUACCAAAGAACAUGUACAAGAGAUAUUUAGCUGUUUUGGAGAGGUAAAAAAUGUUGAAUUUCCGACUGAACGCUUCCAUUCGGCGCUUGGACGUGGUAUUGCUUAUGUUGAAUUUGCAACCCCCGAAGAAUGCGAACAGGCCAUGAAGCAAAUGGAUGGUGGUCAAAUUGAUGGACAGGAAGUGAGCGUUUCACCCGUGUUUACACCAAAAAUACGUCCUAUGAUGAGACGUCCAUCCCCAAUACGGCGUCCAAUGGGUCGCUGGCGCUCUCCACUACCAUUUAAUCGCUUUAACAAUAGACGCCGUUCUCCUAUUCGUCGUCGUUCACCAAGACGACGUUCACGUUCUCCAAUACGCAGACGCCGCCGCAGCAACAGUUCUAGCAGCUCGCGUUAAACAUUGCGAGCGCGCAUCAAAGUUAAUAAAUUAAAAAUCUGAUUAUAUCGUUUUAUGUUAUUACAUAAGACAUGUAUAAUGUGUAAUUUGAACGAUCGUUUUUAUAAAUAUCUCUUGAUUUAGCAGAUCACUCUUCUUUAAUGUAUUAAUAUUAUUCAGAAGUGAUCAACGAUAUUUAAAACUUUUGCGAGUACUGUACGUAGAUUGUUAUAUUCUAAAAUUUAAAAAAUUAAUCAAGACACAAAUGUAAUAAAAUAAAAUUUCCAUUUUUAUUCAAAUAUACAA